AUGAAAUAUGUUAAAGUUAUUACUGAUAAGAACAGGAUAGAAGAUGUUAAAGUUAUUACUGAUAAGAACAGGAUAGAAGAUGUUAAAGUUAUUACUGAUAAGAACAGGAUAAAAGAUGUUAGCGCUCCUAUAAGAAAAAGAUUUGAUUAUACAUUGAAUUAUUUACCUUCACCAGAAGAUUAUAAUAAAGAAGAAGAAGUUUUGUAUAUUGAUAGACCAAUGAUAAUCUUAGAUGCAAAACAAUCUGAAGAUGGUGAAAGUAUGAUGAUAAUAACAGAUUUAACAAAUAUUAUACAUUCAACAGCCAUUCAAACAGAUGCAAAAUUUGAUUGUUUAAGAAAAUCUUAUCAAUUUGAAAAAAAUCAUGAUUUAGCUGAAUCUAAAUUGUUUCCAUUAAUACUUUAUCAAUGGGAUGAUGUACAACAUGAAAUUAGAUAUACCAAUCCCAAUUAUAAAGACAUUAUAUUUGCAAGGUUGAAUUUUACGUUGGUUAAAAAUCUGCCUUAUUUAUAUGGUAUUUUAAAUUUUAUUGAUAUAAUAAAUAAUAGAAAUGUUGGAGAAGUAAUUAAUGGUCUUGAAUAUGAUUUUCGAGGUUUAUUACAAAGAUUUUUGGUUGAAGCUAGUGAAAUAUUUGAUGAUGUGGUAAAAGCUUAUAAUUUUGAAAGAUAUAUUGUACCAAUUACGCCAUCUAGUUUAAAUGAUGAACCAACUAUAUCAAUUUCAAAUCAAGCAACCUCAAAUGAAUCUAUUCCCAAGGUAAAAUUUAUGCAAGCAACCUCAAAUGAAUCUAUUCCCAAGGUAAAAUUUAUACAAGCAACCUCAAAUGAAUCUAUUUCCAAGGUAAAAUUUAUACAUAUAUCACCAGCAUUCCCUGCAACAAUUGUCAAUGAUAAAAUCAAAUUAGAACCACUCAAAGUUUAUGUAGAGAAUAAUAUUUUAACACCAGAGGAUUUAA